AUGUCAGCUCAAAAAGACUGCGAGUUUUUGGUGAAGAGAGCCCGGGAUCUGGUCUCUGAUGAUCCCUGUGCGGCCAAAGCCUGGCUCAUCACUGCCAGGACCCUGUACCCUGCAGAUUUCAACAUACAGUAUGAAAUGUACAUCAUCGAGCGCAAUGCCGAGAGGACAGCCUCUGCAGGGAGACUGCUCUAUGACAUGUUUAUAAACUUCCCAGAUCAGCCCAUUGUUUGGAGAGAAAUCAGUGUCAUCACAGCUGCACUGCGCAGUGACUCCCAGGACAAACAUGCCCUGUUUCUACGAGGGCUUUUUGAGACGCUGCCUGGCCGUGUGCAGUGUGAGAUGCUACUGAAAGCCACAGAGCAGUGUUUCAACACUUUGGAGAAGGCAGAGAUGCUGCUCCUUCUUCUUAAGCGCUUUCCAGAGUCUGUGGUCCAGCACGGGGUCAGUCUAGGAGAAACCUUGUUAGAGGCGGAGGCAUCAGAGAAUGUGGAGACUCCCGUCAACUGCUUCAGGAAACUUUUUGUGUGCGAUGUCCUUCCUUUGGUUAUGAACAACAUGGACAUGCGGUUGCCAGCCAGCUUGAUGCAGAAGUACAUGCUAAAAGCAGCUGAAUUUUACAUCGGCUACGUGACCCGUGGACCCGCAGCUGAUGUACAGAUACAAGGCUCUCAAGAUGGUGGGUCUCUGAAGUCCCCCACUGUGUCCCGUGGCUCCCAGCGUUAUGUGAUAGACGGCCUGUCAGAAAAGUCGUCAGUGGUGGCAGAACCUUGGGAGAGGCUGUUGGAUAUUGUCGCUGUCGUUGGAGCACGCUGCGAGUGGCAGGGAGACAAGGGACAGAGGAGUUAUGUGGACAUGCUGCUGAGAGUGAAGGAGCUGUGUCGCUACCUGCCCAGUCUGGAAGGAGACACGAGGUCCCGAUGCUGCAGUCAAGUGGUGAUCUGUGCUGCUCUCGUCCUCUUCCGCAGCGCCUUCAUCUAUCUCUCCUCUGUACAGCCUGCACUGUUCCAGGGUUUGAAUGCGCUGAGCUCGGGGCCGUGGAUCCUUGUAGAGGAUUUCAGCUCGGUGUAUAACGAUCUGGAGUCAGAAAGAGGAGCUGGCAAACAUGCACAUAAGAAACGCAAAUUGGCAGAUGGGAGAGAGAAGACGAUGAGCUCAGAUGAUGAGGAGGGGUUGGGAAAAGGUCGCGGUCGACACAUUCUGGUAAACAAGACUGAGAUGCCCAGCUGGUCAGAGACUCUUGAGAGUUUCCGCACAGCGAGGGAGAGCUGGGACCUUCUUCACUCCCACGACGGCCUGGAAACUGAGUUCAAGAAGAUCUGUGCCUCUUGGAAAACAGACAGCUGGCUGUGGUUCAGAAUAUUCCUCACCGACACGAUCAUAUACCAGGGACAGUACCGUAAAGCCCUCUCCAGUCUGCACCAGAUGGCCGCAGUGCAGCAGCCUCAGCCAGGGCAGCAGAGCCCUUCAGGGCAGGGCAGUCUGGAGCACCACAGGGCUCUGAUUCAGCAGGCGUCCUGCCACUACGCACUGGGAGAAUACAGGCUGGCCUGUGAGAAGCUGCUUGAUGUAGUUUGCGGGCUGACGCCCCCGACCCAAGAACCCACAAAGAGCCCAGAGGACUGGAGUCGAGGCAAAACCAAAACAAGAAAAGGUAAUGACCUGAGAUUGCUUCCCUGCACCGGCAAGGCUGUGUUACCUUUCUGUUUCCAGCUGAUGUUUGCCUGCUUUAAGCUGCGUACCUUCACAGACAGUCGUGACGACCUGUCGCUCGGCCAUGUGGUGGUGCUCCUGCAGCACGACUGGCCACAGGGAGAGAUGCUGUUUUUAAAGGCAGUGGAUAAGAUCUGUCAGCAAGGCAGUUUCCAGUAUGAGAAUUUCUUCAACUACGUCACCAACAUUGACAUGCUGGAGGAGUUUGCUUACCUGCGUACUCCAGAAGGGGGGAGGAUCCAACUCGAGCUGCUGCCCAAUCAGGGAAUGCUGAUCAAGAACCCUAGUCCCGCCUUGGGGGUGGAGUUAAAUACCCUCCUGCUACAAGGGGUGCAGACGAUGGAAAGACACCACACAGUGACUCGUGGAAUCACCAAAGGAGUGAAGGAAGAUUUCCGUCUGGCUAUGGAGAGGCAGGUGUCGCGAUGUGGAGAAAACCUGUUCAGUGUGCUUCAUCGUUUCUGCAUCAAUGAGAAAAUCAUGAUCAUUCAGUCUCUUCCUUGAAACCUCGCCUGUGACUUUUCUCACCUUUUCAUACUUUUGAUCCCAGGACCAGUGUUAAUGCAGCUGGACUGAUUUUCUGUCCCUCUUUUCAUUAUCGUCCAUCACUGAACUGAAUAAGGCCUCCUUGCCUUAAAAAUGGAUCUCUCUUUUCAGAGAGUUGGAGAUAAUGUUGUUUUUCUGAAUAUACAUCGCUCAUGCAGAUUUAGUAAGACUGUAGUUGUUUCUCAACAUGUGCUCAACCACAUUCGAAAUUGGUUAAAUCCUAUUGUAACAUUUUGUGGGAGUUGAAAUUGACAAAAGAAUGAAGUUCAUUUUUGAUA